GCAAAAUGGGAAAGAAAGAAAAACACAGAAAAGGCAAAGGGAUAGGGAGAGAGAGUCUGUUAUUAAUGCUUCAACUUCAACCCACGAUUCCGCCUCUCCCUCCUUCUCUAAUUUUGAUAUUCAAAAUUUCCAUUAAUCAAUAUUCUUUCUUUAUUUCCGACCCUUCAAUUGAUUUUGUGUCUUUUUGGGGUUUGUGUCCCCUGUCACCCACUCUUAAAAUUCACCGCUUUUUUUCCCACUUAUUUUUUUUCCCUUGCCAUGCUGACGGGUGAUGGCCCAAAUUUUCUGCACUUUUCCAAACCGUCAGCGAUGAAUUUGUAACAUAAAAAUGAAUUGAACUCUGAAUUUCUCUUUUCUUUUUAUUUUUCUGCAGAAUCACUAUUAUUUGUACAUGCUUCUGUCAGAUUUUUUUGGUUAAUUUUUCCUCUGGGUUUUGCAAAUCCAAUUGUUCCUUUUUUGUUUGACCCUAGAUAAUCUUCUCCUUCUGCAUGCACUACAUUGCCCUUUUGAAAGAUCUUUCUGGGUUGCGCUGUGCUGAAGAAAAAGUUGACUUUUUUUUGCUAUAAUUAAAAAAUGAAGCUCGUGGUUCGUGUGAUUGAGGCAAAAAACUUGGCAACGUCGGAUUCCAAUGGGUUAAGUGAUUUGUACGUGCGGGUACAGUUGGGAAAACAAAAGUUCAAGACCAAAGUGGUUAAAAGUUUGAAUCCAACGUGGGAUGAACAAUUUGCUUUUUGGGUUGACGAUCUUAAAGAUUCACUUGUUAUCUCUGUGAUGGAUGAAGAUAAGUUCUUUAAUUAUGACUAUGUGGGAAGGCUUAAGGUGCCUAUUUCACUUGUUUUUGAAGAGGAAAUUAAAUCCCUUGGCACUGCUUGGUAUUUUUUGAAAUCCAAAAACAAGAAGUGCAAGAACAAGCAAUGUGGUGAGAUUCAUUUGAGUAUAUUCAUUUACCAAAAUAAUUCCUCUGGGGAGUUAAAUGACAUUGGUGAACAGUUAUUACCUCCAAGAAAAUGUCCUGAUGCAGUUACCACUUCUCCUUCAAUGUCUUCCACUGGCUUUUCAAACUUGUUUUCUCCUGUAAGGGAAGAAACUACAUCUUGCAGUUCUAAGGAGGAGAAAUCUUGUACACAACAAAAAUCAUUUACUGACCGAAUUGCUCAAAUUUUUAAUAAAGGUUCUGAUGUGUCUUCAAUGUCACUCAGCAGAAGUAUUGACUUAGACCAAUCUGUAACAAACAAAGCUGUAGUUGGUGAGAUCAAGAUUGAGGAAGAUCAGUCGUCUAAUGAGACUUUCGAAGAAACUAUGAAAGAAAUACAGUCUGCAGAUCAAGGAAGUGAAAUUCCUAACAAUUUAUUGGGAGGAGUGCUUAUUGAUCAAUUAUAUAUUGUUGCACCAGAAGACUUGAAUGUAUUACUAUUUUCACCUGAUUCUAAUUUUCCCAAGUCAUUAUCUGAUGAACAGGGUAUUACAGAACUGCAAAUUUGUCCUUGGAAGUUAGAGAAUGGCGGGGAGACAUUGAAAAGAUCACUUACUUACAUCAAGGCUGCCACUAAAUUAAUUAAGGCUGUCAAAGCCUAUGAGGACCAGACAUAUUUAAAAGCUGAUGGGAAGAAAUUUGCUGUUUUGGCCAGUGUCAGCACCCCAGAUGUUAUGUAUGGCAGCACCUUUAGGGUAGAAGUACUUUAUGUGAUCACACCUGGACCAGAGUUGCCAUCAGGGGAACAGUGUUCGCGUCUGGUGAUAUCUUGGCAAAUGAACUUUUUACAGAGCACCAUGAUGAAAGGAAUGAUAGAAAGUGGAGCUCGGCAAGGUAUGAAGGACAGCUUUGAUCAGUAUGCCAGUUUGUUAUGUCAGACUGUAAAGGCAGUUGUCUCAAAGGAUCUUGGUUCUAGUAAGGAACAAGCUUUGGCAACAUUACGGCCAGAGCCCCAGUCAAUCUUGAAGCUGGCAGGGCAGUAUUUAGCUAACUUUACAGUCUUCACAACAUUCUUAAUGGUAUCAUACGUGCUUGUCCAUAUUUGGCUGGCAGCACCUGGCACAAUUCAAGGGCUUGAGUUUGUUUGGUUUGACUUACCAGAUUCUAUUGGUGAAUUUGUUGUGUGUAUUGCCUUGGUUCUUCAAGGUGAAAGAGUGUUGGGUUUAAUCUCACGCUUCAUGCAGGCCAGAGCCAGAGCACGAAAGGGUAGUGAUCAUGGAAUUAAGGCACAAGGAGAAGGAUGGAUGCUAACUGUGGCCUUAAUUGAAGGAAGCAAUUUAGCUACUGUUGAUUCUAGUGCAUUCUGUGAUCCAUAUGUGGUGUUUAGUUGCAAUGGGAAAACAAGAACCAGCUCAAUUAAGUUCAAGAAAUCUGAUGCUUUAUGGAAUGAAAUAUUUGAAUUUGAUGCGAUGGAUGACCCUCCUUCUGUGCUGGAUGUGGAAGUUUAUGAUUUUGAUGGACCCUGUGAUGGAGCUGCAUCUCUCGGACAUGUUGAAAUCAAUUUCCUUAAAACAAACAUCUCAGAUCUUGCUGAUAUAUGGGUUUCUCUUGAAGGAAAGUUGGCUUUGGCAUGUCAUUCUAAGUUGCACUUGAAAAUUUUCUUGAACAACACUAGAGGUGGGGAUGUUGUAAAACACUACAUAAGUAAAAUGGAGAAAGAGGUGGGGACGAAGAUUAAUUUGCGGUCUCCUCAAACAAAUUCAGCCUUUCAGAAACUCUUUGGGCUUCCACCUGAGGAAUUUCUCAUCAAUGACUUCACCUGUCAUUUGAAAAGAAAAAUGCCCCUGCAGGGCCGCCUAUUUGUUUCAGCAAGAAUAAUUGGAUUUCAUGCAAAUUUGUUUGGACAUAAGACAAAAUUCUUUUUCCUUUGGGAGGACAUUGAGGACGUCCAAAUCAUUCCACCUACAUUUUCAUCGAUGGGCAGUCCGAUAAUUGUCAUAACUCUUUGGCCAGGAAGAGGUGUGGAUGCAAGGCAUGGUGCAAAAACUCAAGAUGAGGAAGGCAGACUGAAAUUCCGUUUCCAGUCCUUUGUGUCUUUCAAUGUUGCAAACAGGACUAUCAUGGCUCUCUGGAAGGCCAGAUCCUUGAGUCCCGAGCAAAAGGUCAAGUUAGUUGAAGAAGACUCUGAAACUAAAAGCCUUAGAAGCGAGGAGAGUGGGUCGUUCAUUGGCCUUGGUGAUGUCAGCAUGUCUGAGGUUCAUUCUUGUGCCCUUUCAGUUCCUGCCAGUUUUUUUAUGGAGCUAUUUAGUGGGGGUGAGUUGGAUCGUAUGUUCAUGGAAAAAUCUGGUUGUGUUAAUUAUUCUUAUACCCCUUGGGUGUCUGAGAACAGUGAUGUAUAUGAGAGGGCAAUAUAUUACAAAUUUGAGAAGCGAAUUUCACGUUAUAGAGUUGAAGUAACGAGCACCCAGCAAAGAUCUCUUUUGGAAGGAAAGGGUUGGCUGUUGAAAGAGGUUAAGAACUUCCAUGGAGUUCCCCUUGGUGACUUUUUCAAUCUGCACCUUCACUAUCUAAUUGAGGAUUUGUCCCCAAAGGCAAAUAGUUGUAAAGUACAGGUAUUGUUCGGAACUGAAUGGCUGAAAUGUACGAAACAUCAGAAAAGGAUUACAAAGAACAUACUAAAAAAUCUGCAAGAACGUUUGAAGCUGACAUUCAGUCUGGUUGAGAAGGAGUUUUUGUCUAAAUAAAGAAUGAAUCAUACUGAAUAUGACCUCGUUCAAUUUGGGAAGUUCUUUCAGAACAAAUAUUAUCCCCAUUCUUCAGCUCGGACUGGAAUACGAUGGCCUCUGAGUAAAGUCCAUGUGAUUGUGCUAAAUAUCAGUGGAGCAGGCCUGCUAGUGAUGUAAUCUAAGUGUGAACUCUGGAUCUGACUGGUAGAUUUUACUUUUCUUUUCAAUGGUGAUAAAAUCACUGGUAAAUGAUGCUGAAACUGGUUUAGCUAUGAUGCUGAUUUGCUAGCAAAUUUUGUUCUUCAAACCAGAUUACUGAUUGGAGAGAGAGAUAUUACUGAUCGUUCAGUUGUAAAUGAUUGAUUAGACUGUGCGGAAGAUACUCAGAUUGCAUCAGCAGUUGCUACUAGCAGUCCAAAUUUGGGUUUGUUGUAUAUUGCCACUCUUCAGCUGAUAAGUUGGCAUCUUCUUAACGAUUAACUAACAAGAUCCUGUAUCAUGUGUCAUGGCUACUGUUGUCUUUGCUUCCAAGGUAUGGUUGACAAAAAUGUUAACUCAGUCAUUGUAAGAGAAGAAGUUUUGAUUGUUGUAAACAAUUUUGGGGCCUGAUUACUUCAUAAAGUAUAUAUAUCACAUUUCCUCGUAAA